UUCCCACAAUGCAAUAGCCGAGCCGUCAGCGGGAAACCAAAAUGGCGAACAUGCUCGGGGUAAAUGAGCCGUUUGUUAUUUUCUGAGAAAGAAGCAAAGUCCAGACGUUUGGGUCGCUCUCGUUUGUUGCAAAACGAAACAAAUCGAGGUGACCCAAGAAACACGAGAGCCACACGCGAAUACUGACUUUGUUUACUACUCUCGUGAGCCGUAGAAGCGGAGGUGCCCGAAUGAGAGACUCGGGCGUUCUGAGUCAUCUGUCCGUCCAUCCGAGAUCCCACCCCUCACGGCAGCAGGCUGUUCCCUUGUCCCCCACGAGGCAAGAAAGGGUGGCUUAUGGAGAGCAGGACCGAUUCACCGAGGGACAGGAUGUCUUGGCCCGCUGGUCAGAUGGCUUGAUCUACUUGGGAACAAUCGCUAAGAUAGAUCGAGACAAGCAGCGAUGCUUUGUGGUGUUUGAGGAUCGAUCCAAAUCUUGGGUUCUCUGGAAAGAUAUUCAAACAGGAGACGAAGAUGAAGACGAUGAUGAGUACGAUGACAUCGUGUGCUCCAUAUGUCGGCAUGAAACCUCCGAGGAGCCCAAUGAGAUAGUCAUUUGUGACAAGUGUGGGCAAGGCUACCAUCAGCUCUGCCACUCGCCCAUCAUUGACGCUGCUGUCAUCGACUCGGACGACAAAUGGCUUUGCUGUGAAUGUCAGCUCACUUCUUUCCCAAAGCAGGAGGAGACAGAAACCAUGGAUCUGUCCUUCCCAUACGCACCGGAGGAACUGGUGUGGGAUGAAGACCACCGGACCAACUUGCAACAGUGCUACUGCUACUGUGGAGGGCCAGGAAACUGGUACCUGAAGAUGCUGCAGUGCAAUAGUUGUGAGCAGUGGUUCCACGAAGCCUGCCUCCGUUGCUUAUCCAUGCCGAUGCUUUACGGAGACAGAUUUUAUCUCUUCAUUUGCUCCGUUUGCAACAGUGGACCUGAGUAUCUGAGCCGACUGCCUCUCGGAUGGGAGGAUGUGACACACCUGAGCCUGUACAACCUGACAAUGAUCCACAAGAAGAAGUACUUUGAUUCCGAGCUGGACCUGAUGACCUACAUCAACAACAACUGGGAGCUGCUGCAGCUUGGUGAACUUGCCGAUAAUCCAAGAUCAACGCGAUUUGCGUAUGUUCUUGAGGCUUUAAACAGCAACACAACCAAGUUCAUGUCAGGAAAAGAGGUAAAGAAGAAGAAGCACUUGUUUGGGCUGAGGGUUCGAUUCCCUCCCACUCCCCCCAGUGGAGAGCAUCCAGUAAGCAGACUGAUGGGGCGCCCCUCACAUGGCAUCAACUCAAACAAAUCGCUGUCUGGCAUGAGAGCACAGAAGAAGUCCAGAAGGAGGAAGCAAGCAACUCAUUCACUGGAGCGGCAGGCCAAACGCAGAUGUUCCAGUGAACUCCUGUCCCAGGAACUAAGAAAGCCCACAGCACUAGAAUCUCCCUCACUGGAGCGCUUUUCGUCUGUCAAGAGCGAGCGGUCUUUACUGUCAUCUCAAACCUCAGACGCAGAGUCGAUUGGCGCCCUGAGCACCUCGGAAACUACCUCAAGCCUCUCGAGGCCGUCCAGCCUGUGCAGCUCCAACAGGACCCAGACGACGACUUCCACCCUGCCCCUUUCCCCUCCACCCUUAAAAAGAAAACGCGGGCGGCCGCGGCGGGUCCCGCCGCCGCCGCACAACCCCGAGAGUCUUCCGCUCGGCCAAGCACACCCCGUCCCUUCCGGCGCAGAUGUUGCAACUCCGCUUCCGGGACUGCACUCUGCAGACAUAGUUCACGGCAUGGACCCCAACAGCCAGCUGUCCCACCUCAAGAGCUCAAUCAGCACCUAUUUUGGUGCAGCGGGAAGGCUGGCUUGCGGGGAGAAGUACAAAGUGCUAGCUCGAAGGGUCACCUUGGACGGCAAGGUGCAGUAUCUGGUGCAGUGGGAGGGCGUCACCGCCUCCUAGACUGGCGUCUUGACCGCACGCCCAUCUUGUAAUCAGAGCAUUAGUUGUCGUUCUCCUUAUAGCAUAAUUACCAUGUGUCAUUUUUCAGAACGGAAGGGAAAAUGACAACACAUUCAUCAAACAUGAAGAGUUCGGUUGCGUAAAUUCCACAUUACUGUGAUAACUGAGAAUGUACCCAGACAUUAAGAAUUUAUAUUUGGCAAACAUAUUGUGGUUUUUUUUAGGUAAAAAAUGACUCACGCAAUUAUGCUAAUAGGCUAACGAAAUAUGUCCCUUUUCAGUUUAUACUGGAGCGUUAUGAAGCUUUCUGUAAAGCCUACUGGUUCAGUGCAGCUCACUGUGAAUAAUACGUUCAAACAUAUCUACAGUUGGUAUGUAAAACUUUGUUGCUAUAUACGAGGCUUUGGCAUAUUUGUAUCUCUUUGCUCUUUAGCCGUUGUUUUUUUUUUUUUAUUGCUUUACUUGGAAUGUUUACAACAAGCCCUCAGUUAUGCAUAAAACUGUUCAAUGCACUGCUCCUUAGGCUUACAAAGAUAUGUUUUAUUUUUAAGAUCAGUUUGUAUUUACUUGUCAAUUUCAAACCAGCUGAGUAUAAAACUACAUUUUAUUUCCCACGGAAUGUAGCCCGUUUAACUUGCCAAUCUGGGUCAAGAAUAAGGGGAAGUUUUGUUUUGCCACUGAUGUUGCACCGUGAAUCUUUUGUGUCCACUUGGAUAACGUUUAUUUUUGUACAGUGCAGAGUUAUAAUGUCUCUCUAUACUUGUAUUCUUGACAACAAAAGUUCUUCAGCAGGCUGUGUUUAGGCCAUUCUAUAAGACACGUGCGUGCAUUGUGCUUAAUUUCAGGCUCCACCUUUUUGGCAACUGAAUACUUAUUUUAAGUGGUGUGAUUUAAAUCUUUAAGGACCUAUAACGUUUUUUUCCCCCCUUGUUUUGAUAAUCAAAAAAUAAAAAGUGAAAAAACUC